GCUUGUCCUCGAGCGCGAGCGCAGAAAGCAGCAAGAGCUGAAGAGCUCGAUGCAGCAGCAGGAGUUUCAGUCGCCUCUGCCCUCCCCUCCCCUCGCCCAGUCUUGCGCACCCCCGCCUGGCCUCGGCACGCCGCUCGCACCUCUCGCCCCGCGAUCGAUCGAUCGAUCGACCCACCGACCGAGCGGUUGAUCGAGUGCUCGAUGUGAUGAGCACGCAGGCCCGACGAUAGCAUCACUUCCCCGCUAGGUCAGUUGGUCGUCGGGAGUCGCUCCUUCCGCUCCGGUGUGCCUCGUCGAUCGGCCGGUGCCUCGAUUGACUCGCUCCUCUGCGGGCUCGAAUUGAGGAAGAAGGGGUCGAGCGCCCCGGUUUCCGCAUUCGCCAAUUGGGCUCGAGUGGCGGUCAAUUUUGCUCUCUGCCGCACAGGAGGGCGAGGCGUCGAAAGUCCGCGUGGGUGGAAUUGGCAAAGGUGUCCUGAUUUCGGGUUCUUUAGAUAGAGAAGGAUGGCGGUCGUGUUGCAGGUGGCAGCGGCUCCGGCGUCGAUUUUGAUGUCGCAACAGACCGGAGGCCGCGUCGUGGCUUUGAGGUCGUGCAAGCUUGGCGCGGGAAGGCGGGUGCCGUCCGUGCAGCAAGGAGGAUGGUUGCGGUGGGAGCGGACGGAGAGUCGUACAUCUCAGUGUCAGUCGAGCAUGUCUUUCAACAAUGGCAGCAGCGCUGCCGAUUCCGGGUUCAGCGAGAACGAUGAGGACUACGUCGAUUCGACCGUGGUCGAAGCUGUGGAGGUGAAGAGCGGGUCUGAAGGCUUUCUCAUCAAAAUGCGCGAUGGAAGAUUUGUGAAGUGCGUUCACAACAACCCGGAAGGAGGACAUCUUCCAGAUUAUGCCCCACAGCCUGCUAUCGUGCUGAAGAUGGAGGAUGGGAGCGAUUUGUUGCUGCCCAUUAUUGUUUUGGAGUUGCCCAGCACCAUGCUCAUGGAGGCAGUACGAAACGUCCAAGUGGCUAGACCAACAGUCUACCAAGUGAUGAAGGAUAUGCUCGAAUUGAUGGGCUAUGAGGCCAAGCUUGUACGGGUAACUCGGAGAGUUCAGGAGGCGUACUAUGCGCGCAUUUAUGUCACCAAGGUGGGAGAUGAAACUCAGAAGAUGGUGUCACUGGACCUGCGGCCAUCGGACGCCAUCAACCUCGCUAUCCGAUGCAAGAUCCCUAUUCAAGUAAACCGGGAGCUUGCCUACGGUGACGGAGUCAGAAUUGUCAAUGAUCCCGCCAGAUUACCAUCUCGUGCUCUGCGAGCCAAUGUGGGGAUAGUGCUAACAGAACUGGACAGGCCCGAGUCAGAUUCCUGUGCAGCAGCAGAGGAGUUUGUUCUCGUGCGCAGCAUGAUGAUGGCUGCCAUUGAGGAGCGCUACAGUGACGCAGCUCGCUUAAGAGAUGAGUUGAGUCAGCUGAGGACAAAGAAGAGGCGCCAGCAAAAGCAGACUUGAAGCCUCGAUUUAGAGCCACAAAGCUGGCUGUAAUUUGACGAUUCUUUGCGUGUAAUUGAGACGCAUGCAGUCACGGUCGUGAUAGUCGCCCUUGUCUAUAUAGUGUACAUAGGUUACGUACCUGGCCGAGUGUGAUGUUUGACACGCUUGAGGCUGAUCUGUUUGACCCCGUUAGCGAAUCGAGGCCGGCAAGUUUCCAUCUUUUGUCUCUUUCCUUCGCUGAAGGUUUAUUAUCGUUCUAAUGUAAAUCAUGGUUACUGCGAAUCUAAGGGUAGCUUAGCUUGCAGGGCCUGUAUAUAAGAGACGGAGUCUCGAUGUAAAGAAUCCAGUCGCAAUCUGUCUCUUUGGACUCCGCCGCCGGAAGUUUGGAAGUUGACUUGUAAAUACAUUGAAAACCUGAUCUGGUUAUUAUUGAAUCCAUUCUUGGGGUAUUGAUUUCCGGGAAAAAGGAGAUGGUAUUCCAUUCCUUGUAAACACUGUUCUUAUAUCUGUUCAAACAUUUGUCGUUUGAACAAAUUAUUGUUGUUCUGCAAUUAUUAGUACUUUAUCCUACUUU